AGAGCACGCGCCAGGCGGCGCUGCGGCCGGAGACUUCAACGCCACUUGACGGACGAGCGCGGUGGAGCGGGGAGUGAGGAAAGGUAGCGGAGCGAAACUCCGAUUGACGCCGGCCGAUCACGAUGCGUUGCGCCGUGGUUCUGCUGGCCUGGCUGGGGGUGGCCAGUGCCCAGCUCAGCGCCGAGGAUCAGAGCUUCAUCGAUGCAGCUCUCGGCACGGGCGGUAGCACCGGGGUCGACCCGCAGAUUGGGGGCCAAGGGGGAGGACAAGGACCCCCGGCGGAUGGAGAGUACCCUCCAUGUGACAACGGCCGAAAGUCGUGCGUACCCUAUUAUCUGUGUGAGGAUGGACAGAUCGUCACUGAUGGAGCCGGCGUCAUCGAUCUCAGGUUCGGGGGAACCGGUGGCGACCAGCACAUCCAGCACUCGGACUGCAAGGAGCAGUACACGUCUGUGUGCUGUGCCGAUCCACAGAGGGUACCCGUCAUCCCUGAGCCCAUCAAACAACCCUACCAGCCCGUCUGCGGACGCAGAAACGCCUUCGGAAUCCACGCUCGCAUUGUCGGUAUUCAGGAGAACGAGGCCCAGUUUGGCGAGUACCCGUGGAUGGCCGCUGUACUGAAGGAGGACGGAGGCAAACUGGUGUUCCUCUGUGGAGCGUCCCUCAUCGGUACAAACGUUCUCGCCACGGCAGCUCACUGCGUGUACGGUCAGACGAACCUUGUCGUUCGUCUGGGUGAGUGGGAUACCCAGCACACUACCGAGUUCUACCCCCAUCUGGACGCUGAUGUCGUCAGUGUGGUGGUCCACGAAGGCUACAACCACGCCCGCCAGAACCUGCAUAACGACAUCGCGCUGCUCUUCCUGAACGGAGAGGUGCCCCUACAGGAGCACAUCGACACCAUCUGCCUGCCCGAGGCCAACAGUCAGCCAGUGUACGGAGAGAACUGCUUCGCCACCGGCUGGGGCAAGGACAGCUUCGAGCAGGGCCAGUUCCAGCUGGUGCUGAAACAGGUCGCCCUGCCACUAGUCAACCACGGCACGUGCCAGAACCAGUUGAGGGCGACCCGUCUCGGUUCCCGGUUCAUCCUGGACCGCAGUUUUCUGUGUGCUGGAGGAAACGGUGCGGAUACCUGCACUGGAGACGGAGGAUCUCCACUGGUGUGUCCGGAUCCCACGAACCCAGACAGAUACAUCCUGCGAGGCAUCGUCGCCUGGGGCAUCGGCUGCGGCACCAUCAACGUUCCCGGUGUCUACGUGGAUGUCACCUACUUCAGCACCUGGAUCAACAACCAGAUCCUCAACCACCAGCCGCUGCCGUAGGUCUUCGGAUUCAUCUUGAGCUGGGAGCUGAAGCAGCCGCAGCCACCGGUGAUCACAUGAGUCUAAGAGUUUCACGCUCUUGGGUGGUGCUUGUGAAUUGGCUGAUAGUGCACGCACUGGCUAGUGGAAAGAACUUUGAGGCAUUAGGUAUAGCUGUGUGGGGACUCCGGUUGCGGGUUCGUUUUGUAAUAGCUAGCGCUACGGAGGUGAGCUUGCUUUCAAUAUAUCAGUAAUGGCAUAAAAUAUAUUCUAGAUACAUUAUGUCAACGCACAUUUUAGAAGCAGCAUCACAUGAUCUUUUAAGCUCCAUCGGGUCGUCAGAUUUUAUGAUCUUUCCUGGGUCCUGUGGAAAAUGUGGAAUGGAAAAUGUGGAAUCUUUCCUGGGUCCUGUGGAAAAUGUGUGCGCUCUGGUAGUUUUGUAUUGUAUCUUGACGAUAAAUGUUCUGUGGAAGUUGCAGCCUCAGCACAGUGCGUCGAUCGAUCAUCCGUCCAUAUCGUGAAAAAUACAUGAUUUGAACGUGAA